AUGGGCCCACAGCAACUCAUGGGGCCCAUUGGGGGAGGUAGCAGUAGUACACCAGCUGCUGCAUUUUUGCCCGAAGAUGCUGCCAGAAGCACGGCUUCUUGGAGAUCUGACGAGUGGUCACCUUCCUCAGAGCCCUCAACGGCCGCGAGAAGUGCUUCAGUUGUCUCCCCUUUGCACGGGGAUGCCCCGGCUGAUGCGGGAACAGCAGGAGACCGCAGCACCAGCAGCAAUACUGGAAGCAGUGCGGCUGCUGGGUCAGACGUGAUGGAUUUGUCUUCAUUCUCCGCCCCCACUGCUCCUCCUGUUCGCCCAACAGGUGCACCCCGCAGGAGAGGCAUCGCCCGCAUAUCUGGCGAGACAGCAGCAGCACUCAGCAGCCAGCAGGUCAUUGUAGACCUCAAGAGUAUUUGCAAAGAGCUCGUAGAGAAUGCUCUUGAUGCUGGCUCUACUUCUAUAGAGGUGCGUCUGAUGGAUUGCGGAUUGGGUGGGCUGGAGGUGCGGGACAACGGCAGUGGUAUAUCGUCAGAAGAUUUAGAGCUUAUAGGUUAG